ACUGCAGCUCGACGUUAGACAUGAUUGAACAGUGUUAUGUCCAAUCAACCAUUUAAUUAGGACGUUGCGCCUCUUCAUUCUCUCCUCGUUCGUAUAACGUCCUUCCUCUUUCCACUUGUCAGAAUUUCAAGUCAGAAGUUGCAUUUAUUUCUCUUUAUGUAAAGUGUUUUUUCCGGCACCAUGUAUAGCAGCAGUUCCAGGAAGGCCGAGGGCCGUUCGGCGUGCUGGUGGCCAGCUGGUGGACUGCAGCGGUACUGGCCCGGCCGAGCUGGAAACCAGUGAGCUCAUUCUGGCUGCAUGGAGAGAGGGCGGGGCUCCCAGCAUCAUCACCACCGGCCAUCACUUCUUCAUUGUAGGAGCUGCUGCUGAUGCUGAGCUCGCGGCGAAGAGGCGGCGAUUGAGCUGUAAAUAUAAAAAUCCACGCCGCGUGCCAUGGAUGCGACUUCACGCACGAUGAAAAUGGAUUAUUAGCCCUUUUCUUUAAUAGGAUAAUGAGGAAGAAGAGGAUCUGGAAACUGUGGGAGCACCUCGGAAAGUUACUGUGAAGUCUCAAUGAACGCAUCAGAAGAGCCUCUCUAGUAUUCGACUCAAUGGCCAAGAAGGGGCGUGCGAAGGGCGAGAAGCCCGAAGCGCUCAUCUCUGCCCUGCAGGCAGCCAACGAAGACCUCAGGUCCAAGCUGACUGACAUUCAGAUAGAGCUGCACCAGGAGAAAUGCAAGGUGAGCAAACUGGAGCGCGACAAGGUGCAGGAGGUGAAGCGGGUGCGGGAGCAGGAGCAGCAUCGCUACACCGCCACGCUGACGGAGCAGCGCGCCAAGUGGCACGAGGAGAAGCAGAAGGAGCUGCAGGCCCUCAGGGAGAACCUGACGCGGCAGCACGAGCAGGAGCUGGCCCGCCACGCCAAGAUCAAGGAGCAGGAGAACCAGCGGCUGAAGGCGGCGCUCAGCGCCAUACGCGACGGCAGCGGGGAGAAGGUGCGCACGGCUCUGACCCUGGAGGCCAAAGAGGAGGCGCGGCGCUUCUUUGACCAGGAGAGGGUGAAGCUCCUGCAGGAGAUCGCAGAGCUGAAGUCGUGCAAGAAGCAGACGGACGAGGCUCUGAGCACCAUGAUCCAGGCCGACAAGAUGAAGGCGGGCGACCUGCGGGUGGAGCACCAGCAGCACCAGGAGCAGAUCUCCAAGAUCAAGUGGGACUGUGAGCGCGACAUCCGCAGACUGGUGGACGAAAUCAAAACCAAGGACCGCACCAUCUUCGCUCUGGAGAAGGAGCUGGAGUCCACGUCGGGGUUCCUGCAGAAGCUGCAGCUUCAGAAGGACGCGCUGGACGAGCAGCUCUUCCUGGUCAAGGAGGCCGAGUGCGGCCUGGGAAGCCCCAAGAGAGAGAUCCCGGGCCGGGUCGGAGACGGAGCGGAGCACUGCAGCAGCCCGGAUCUGAGGAGGAACCAGAGGCGCGUUGCUGAGCUCAACUCCACCAUCCGCAAACUGGAGGACCGCAACUCGCUGCUGGUGGACGAGAGGAACGAGCUGCUGAAGCGAGUUCGAGAGGCGGAGAAGCAGUGCAAGCCUCUGCUCGACAAGAACAAGCUGCUGAACAAGAGGAACGACGACUUGACUCAGACCAUCCAGAAGCUGGAGGAGAAGCUGAGGAGCCUGGCCAAGGAGAACCUGGAGAUGAAGGAGAAGAUCAGCUCCCAUCCUCCGCUGAAGAAGCUCAAGUCUCUAAACGACCUGGACCAAGCUCACGAUGACCAGGAGAUAGCGUUCCUCAAGCUCCAGGUCUUGGAGCAACAAAGCAUGAUCGAUGAGCUGACGAGGGACCGAGAGCGACUCCUAAGGAAGAAAAGGCAUAAAAGAAGUUCAAGGCCCAUAAAGAGGCACAUCGUGGUCGACACCUUCUUUGGUUACGAUGAAGAGUCUAUGGACUCGGAAACGUCGUCCGUGGCUUCGUUCCGGAUGGACAGAACCCCCGCCACUCCCGAUGAAGACGUGGACGAGGCUCUCGCCAACGAGGAGUCGGAGCUGCGCUUCCGCCAGCUGACCAGGGAGUACCAGGCCCUGCAGCGAGCCUACGCCCUGCUGCAGGAGCAGAAGGGCGGCAUCCUGGAUGCCGAGAUGGAGGCCAAGGCUCAAGAGCAGCUCCAAGCUGAUGUUCUCAGGUACAAAUCCAAAAUAGAGGAUCUGGAGAAAGAACUGACCAUGAAGGGACAGGAUUCCAAGUGGGUGGAGGAGAAGCAGCUCUUCUUACGCAGGAACCAGGAGCUCUUAGAGAAGGCAGAAAAGGUGGAGUCAGACCACAGUCGGCUGCAGCAAGAGCUGCAAGACUCCAAAGACCAGAAUGAACUGCUAGAGUUCAGGAUCCUGGAGUUAGAGGAGCGUGAGAGGAGGUCGCCUCCCUUCAACCACCUGAGGAUGCAUCCGUUCUCUGAAGGAGUCAGCGCCCUGCAGAUUUACUGUAUGAAGGAAGGCGUGAAGGACGUGUGCAUACCAGACCUCAUCAAGCUGUUGGACAUCCUGGGAGACAACGGGAACCUGAGGAACGAGGAGCAGGUGGCCAUCAUCCAGGCCAGCACCGUCCUCUCACUGGCAGAAAAGUGGAUCCAACAGAUCGAAGGGACGGAGGCGGCGCUGCACCAGAAGAUGAUGGACCUGGAGAUCGAGAUGGAAAUGUUCUGCAAACAGAAAGGCUAUCUAGAAGAGGAGCUGGACUACAGGAAGCAGGCCCUGGACCAGGCCUACAUGCAAAUCCAGGAGUUGGAGGCGACGCUGUACAACGCGCUGCAGCAGGACAAGGUGAUAAAGUACGGAGAGCCGCUGGAUGAGCGUCAAAGGGACGAGCUGCGGACGGCGGUGGAGAAACUGAGGAGGCAGAUGCUGAGGAAGAGCCGAGAAUACGACUGCCAGAUCCUCCAGGAGAGGAUGGAGCUGCUGCACCAGGCGCACCAGAGAAUUCGUGACCUUGAAGACAAGACAGAGAUCCAGAGGCGGCAGAUUAAAGACCUGGAGGAAAAGGUAGCGUCACAAAAGGGACACGCUGAGUUCAUGAGUCUUUUCCCUCCAGUCUCAAUAUUCACUUACUGGCUUUAAAUUUGAAGGUUUGACACCAAUAUUAC